AUGGAUUCCGCCGUGGACAUGGCCGACAGCUCUCGAGCGCUGGAUCUGGCGCGCAUCCGCUUCCAGCUCAUCCGACUCGAAGACACAAUUUCCUUUUCCCUCAUUGAGAGAGUACAGUUUCCUCUGAACAAGACCAUCUACACGCCUGGCGCCCUCCCCAUCCCCGACAGCCGCCUGAGCUUCUUCGACUGGUACUUUUCUGAGCAAGAGAAGCUGCAAUCCCUGAUUCGCCGUUUCGAAUCGCCCGACGAAUACCCCUUCUUCCCAGAGUCCGUCCAGAAGCCCAUGCUGAAGCCCCUCAACUACCCCAAGAUCCUGCACAAAAACGACGUCUGCGUCAACGACAAGAUCAAAAAGUUCUACAUUGAAACGUUCCUACCAGAGGUGUGCCCCAACUUUGGCCGCGAGGACCGAGGAGAGUCGCAGGAAAACUACGGCUCGACAUCUACGUGCGACAUUGCCUGCCUGCAGGCCCUGUCUAGGAGAAUUCACUUUGGCAAAUUUGUCGCAGAGUCCAAGUUCCAGUCAGACCCUGAGCUCUACACGCAGCUCAUCAAGAACGAGGACCGGGAAGCGAUUGGCGAGUCCAUCACCAACAGAGCCGUCGAGGAGCAGGUCCUCGCCCGUCUUCGUCUCAAGGCCGAGACCUACGGCAAGGACCCGUCGAUGCUGGGCGGCGUGGAGCAGCCCGUCAAGAUCAACGUGGACGCGGUGGUGUCAAUGUACAAAGACUUUGUCAUUCCCUUGACCAAGGAGGUUGAGGUUGAGUACUUGAUGCAGAGACUCCUGCCGGAAGAGUAG